UUUACUCACCUUAGUUUGGGGCUGUCGGUUUUGUGCACCUCAAUAAUUGCGGCAAACUGCAAAAAGCAUUCCGCAUUUAAGACAUCUCUCAGAACGGAGGGUCUCCUGAAUUUACUUCUCUGCAGCUGGCCAAAGUACAUUGGCACAUUUUUAUUCCAGAAUAAGGAAACGUUGCAGUAAAUGGAGACGGUGGAGUAUAAUAGUGCAGCACCCAGAGCUCAAGUCGUCUACCACAAUCGGUGAAAAAGGAUGGCCAUGCUUCUCCUGGUUGUCGUUUUCGUGGAAUCCAUCCUCGGGGCGCUGCAAGCAACAAAGUCACCGGAUGCGAGAGUAGACGAUAUCAACGUUUUCCUGACGAUGGCUUGGCAAGUAGCCCGCCACAUCCAGCCUAAUUCCAGCUGUUAUGUCUGUGGUUUUAUGCCCUACACGGCUGGAGAGGGCUUGCCUCUGAUGGCCCUGCCCGCCUCUGACUGCGACACUUGUCACUUGCUGCAUAUCCCUUUUUCUCAGUCUUACGCUCACCCCGAAUGCCCUCGUCUGUCAAAAAUGAGACCCCUCAACUGUUCGGGACCGCACUCAAACUGCAACAGGUGCCUGAAAACACCCAAACCGGUGCCAGUACAACUGAUUCCUCAGAGCUUUUCUUGGUGUCUGGAAAAUGACGGGACAGCAAGUGUAGGAGAAUCGGACUGCCUUCACACAUUUAAAUGGGACCCAAGACAUCCCGACAACGAGUUUCAGUCAGUGAAAUCAAGGCCCCAGCAGUGCCUGGAGAAGGCAGGCCCAACUCGGCUCAACGCACUCGCUCACGUCACUGCCAUCUGCUCCGUAUCCGCUCCAGUGGGAAUGUACUGGGUGUGUGGGAACCUGGCUUACCCCUAUCUUCCAGUGGAUUACAAAGGACGCUGUGGUUUAGCGUAUGUCAUCCCGGCUAUGAGAGUGACUCAAUCUUUGCCGAAGAAACCUCAUUCUCCCAGACUGAAACGGGCUGUUUCCGAUUUAUUCUGGACACACCAUCAGUCCCCAUUCAAGAACGCACUUGGUUCCCUUCUCCCCUUCUAUGGCGUUAUGUCGUCUUUAGAUCAAAUCGCCGAUCUGUCUCAUGCAAUCGAAACUAUUGCGAAUGAAACCAGCCGGGCGCUGAUGCUCAUGUCGAGUGAACUCGCUUCUGUUAGACUGCUCGCUUUACAAAACAGAGCAGCUUUGGAUUUUCUCCUGGCGGCGCGAGGGGGAACUUGUUCUGUGAUUGGAUCUGAAUGCUGUACCUUUGUGCCGGACUAUAACAUCACUAUUGAUAAUAUAAUUACCCACCUUCAUGAUACAGCCCAUUUUGUUCAUCAGGAAAAUAGUUCUUUAUUUGACUGGCUGAGGCCCACCUUUGGAUCUUUCACACAUCACAUUAUAGAAGGAGUGAUUAUAUUUCUGGUGAUCACUUUCAUUUUUUAUCUCAUUGUAUCAUGUAUCAGAAAGUUCCUGUGCAACAUCGAUUAAAAUAAGAUGAUGAUUUGAUGGCUUAUA